UUAGAAUGUUUUUAGUCUUCUUAAAUUUGUUAAGACUUGUUUUGUGACCUAGGCUGUGAUCAGUUAUAGAGAAUGUUUCAUGUCCUUUUGAGAAGAAUGAUUAUUUUGCUAUGGUUGAGUCUCAUGUUCUGUAUAUGCAUGUUAGGUCUUUGGUCUAUAGUGUUGUAUAGUUUGCAAUUUACUUGUUGGUAUUCUGUCCGGAUGACCAGUACAUUAUAGACAGUGACGUAUCAAAGUCUCCUUCUGUAUUGUAUUGAUAUCUAUUUUCUUCCUCCAAUUCUAUCAAUAUUUGCUGUUGGCAUUCUGUCUGGAUGACCUGUACAUUAUAGAGAGUGAUGUAUCCAAGUCUCCUUCUAUAUUGUAUUGAUAUCUAUUUCUUCCUUCAAAUCUGUCAAUGUUCACUGUAUAUUUUAAGGUGCUUUGAUGUUGGGUGCAUAUGUAUUUUUAGUUGUUGUAUCUUUCCAUUGAAUUGACCCUUUUACUAUUAUAUAAUGCCUUAUUUGUCUCUUUUGACAGUUGUCGACUUAAAGUCUAUUUUGUCUGAUAUAGAUAGCCACCCUGCUCUCUUUUGGUUAUAGUUUGCAUGGAAUAUCUUUCUCAAUCCCUUCACUUUUAGCCUACGUGUGUCCUUAAAUGUUAGAGUCUCUUGUAGAUAGCGUAUAGUUGAGUGUUGUUUUUAUUAUCCAUUUCAGCCAUUCCAUGUCUACUGAGAGCCCUUAAUUAUUAAAAAUUUAAAGUAAUAAUGUUUAAUAAUUAAGUACUUAAUUGUUUCCAUUUUAUUCAUUGUUUUCUAUUUGCUUUCUGUUUCUCCUGUUUUUCUCUUGUUUGUUGUCUUUGUGAUUUGAUGAUUGUAGUAGAAUGCUUUGAUUUUUUUCUUUUUUUUGUUUAUUUACUAUACUUUUUAUUUUGGUUACUAUGGGGUUUGCAUCAAAUAUUAUGUAGUCAUAGCAGGCUUUUUAAAGCUAGUAACAACUUCAUUCAUAUUCAGAAUCUCUACACUCCUCCCCCCUCUUCCUCACCAAUGUAUGUAAUUGAUUUCAGAUUUUACUUCUUUCUAUAUUGUUUCUAUUAACAAAUUUCUGUGGUUGUUGUAGUUACUCAUACUAUUUUUGUCUUUUAAUUUAUAUACUAGUGUUCAAUGAGAUUUACGUGCCACAAAUUUCAGUAUUGCAAUAUUCUGUGUUUGUUUUCAUGUUUGCUUUUAGCAGUGAGAUGUAUACUUUCAUAUGCUUUCAUACUGUUGGUUUAGUAUCUUUUCAGUUAACUUGAAGAUCUCCUGUUAGCAUUUCUUGUUAGGGCAUGUCUAAAAGUGACAAACUCCCUGAGUUUUUUAAUCUGAGGAAGUUUUCAUGUUUUCUUUAUUCUUUAUUCUUUUAUCUUUUUCUUUUAUUUUUAUUUUUAUUUUUUUUCCCCAGGUCUGGCUCUGUUGCCCAGGCUGGAGUGCAGUGACAUGAUCUCAGCUCAUUGCAACCUCAACCUCCUGGGCUCAAGUCAGCCUCCCACCACAGCCUCCCAGGUAGCUGGGACUAGAGGCAUGCACCACCAUGACUGGCUAAUUUUUGUAUUUUUUGUAGAGACAAGAUUUCACCAUGUUUGCCAGGGUGGUCUUGAACUCCUGAGCUCAAGCAAUCUGCCUGCCCUCAGCCUCCUCAAGUGCUGGGAUUACAGGUGUGAGCCACCAUGCCUGGCUAUUUCCUUCAUUCCUGAAGACAGUUUUUUCAGGUAAUUGUUUUCAGUUGGCAGGUUUCUUUUUUUACUUUCAGUAUGUUGAAUAUGUCAUUCCCUCUCUCCUGGCCUGCAAGUGUUCUGCUGAGAAAUUCACCAAUACCUUUAUGGAGGCUCUGUUAUAUGAAAUAAGUUACUUUUCUGUCGCUGCUGUCAAAAUUUUUUCUCUGUCUUUGAAUUUUGACAAAUUCAUUAUGGUGUCUAUUGGUACAGACCUCUUUGGCUUCAACCUAUUUGGGAACUUUUGGGCUUCGUGAGUCUGGAUGUCCAUUUUCCUCCCUAGAUUUGAAGCAUCAAGUGCACCUGAUUUGUGAACCUAUCUUGCUUCAGUUGGUUUCCUCCUAAAUAUUAGGCAGAUGGGAUUGGCCAGUCUGUGCUCUGCUAGGUGAAAAAUUAGACUAUUUCAAGAAUUGGAGCUGAAUCUGGUGUUAAGUAAUGGCAACAGGUGACUUAAAAAGAAGCUUACGGAACCUAGAACAGGUGCUCCGCUUGCUAAAUUAUCCUGAAGAGGUGGACUGUGUAGGUUUGAUAAAGGGAGACCCAGCAGCAUCUUUGCCCAUCAUCAGCUAUUCUUUUACCUCAUACUCACCUUAUGUAACAGAACUUAUAAUGGAAUCCAAUGUAGAGCUCAUAGCAAAAAAUGACUUGCGCUUUAUAGAUGCUGUCUAUAAGCUUCUUCGUGAUCAAUUUAAUUAUAAACCAAUUUUGACAAAAAAGCAGUUUAUCCAAUGUGGGUUUGCAGAAUGGAAAAUCCAAAUUGUUUGUGAUAUUUUGAAUUGUGUGAUGAAAAAGCACAAGGAAUUAAGCAGUCUUCAGAAGAUUCCAUCACAACAAAGAAAGAAAAUCAGUUCUGGUAAGUCAGAACCUCCUUUGAGCAAUGAGAAAAUAUCUGCAGAGGCUGUUGGCGUUGAUAUCAGUGGCAGGUUUAUGACUUCAGGAAAGAAGAAAGCUGUGGUGAUUCGUCACUUGUAUAAUGAAGAUAAUGUUGACAUUUCUGAGGAUACAUUAAGUCCAAUAACAGAUGUUAAUGAAGCAGUUGAUGUGUCUGACUUAAAUGCUACUGAAAUAAAGAUGCCUGAAGUAAAGGUUCCUGAAAUCAAGGCUGAGCAACAGGAUGUGAAUGUUAAUCCUGAGAUUACUGCACUACAAACUAUGCUUGCUGAAUGCCAAGAAAAUCUUAAGAAACUGACUUCGAUAGAGAAAAGGUUAGACUGUUUGGAACAAAAAAUGAAAGGAAAAGUGAUGGUAGAUGAAAACACCUGGACUAAUCUUCUUAGUCGUGUCACUCUUCUUGAAACAGAAAUGCUUUUGUCUAAAAAGAAUGAUGAAUUUAUAGAGUUUAAUGAAGUUAGUGAAGACUACGCUUCUUGUAGCGACAUGGACCUUCUGAAUCCUCACAGAAAAAGCGAAGUAGAGAGGCCAGCAAGUAUUCCUCUGUCCUCUGGCUAUAGUACAGCAUCAUCAGAUUCAACUCCCAGAGCCUCUACCAUUAAUUACUGUGGUUUGAAUGAGAUUUCAGAGAAUUUUCCUGCAUGGAGUGCUACAUCCUCUUGUUCCAGUCUCAGCUGGCUGCUCCGGGGGCAUACUUCAUACCUUUCAUCACAGAGCUUUGCUUGGCCUCUCUCCUGCAUGUAAUCUCUGUUUCUUGGAUCCUGUGCUUAACUUUUCCUGCUGUACUCUGAUGUUUCAGUGAAGCUCAUCCAUGAAGUCCAGAAUUCUGCCUGGAAACCAGCUUCCUCCUCAGCUCCAGCUCUUUUAAUGGGUAUAUCAAAACUGAUGACUUUUUCCUUCCUGCUACAUGGGUAACACUUAGUUGUUUGUCUAAUUUCUAUUUUCCAGAAAUUUCUCAAAAUGUCUGCUUAUAGCCCCUCACUCAUAUUUUUCAUGUGGGUUUAUAGCUUUCAUAUUUCUUUAUUAUUGUAAAUGGGGGCUGUGGAAGGUGAGAAAACACAUGCUUUCUUAAAACAGAAGCUCUCUCCUUCAUUAACUUAAAUAUUUUUAUUGGCUCUAGAAAAUGCAUAAGGUUAGUACAAGAUCAGUAGAGAGAAAGUCAAAGAUUACAGAAGUGCUGAAGCAGACCAUUCUUCCUUUCUUCCCAAUGUCUAUUAAGAUCACACAUAGGUAAACUGUUACAAAUCCAGAAUGGUGAAAGAGUCCAACAAUGGCUGAGGGAAGUAGAGGUUAAGAUAUAGCUCAACAGUGAAAGUAGCAGGGAAAGAGCUGGGCAAGGCAAAGACCAUCUUUUGUACCGUUGGUACAGUAGGCUAAAGGUACGGUGUUCCAUAUUAACUACAACAAUAUGAAGAAAAAUAAAUUAAGUCCCUUAUACCUAAGACCUCUGUUUCUCUGUUGAUUACAUACGCAGUGGCAAUGGAAAGAAGGGAAAAUAAUAGGGAUAGCAUUUGCUCAUUCUCUGACCAUGCAACACUGGCAGCAUUCUAGACUUAUUCUAUUAAUUGCAUCAACCACAUCUUAUAAAACACAUUUCCAUAGGCCACAUGUAAUAGGCCUUGGCUUUAUUCGUUGCAUUUAUUGGCUCCUUAAAUUGACAACAUAUAAUUGUUUUCAUAUAAUUUUCAUCAAAUAAAAUUCACUUUAAUUUGUAUGAACAUAUUUAAAGUGGAAAGUAUCUUCCCAAAUGGUCCAUAUCUUAAAGUGGCAGAUAUUUUAUGGGCUUCACAUCUGAACUGCCAGAGAUCUCAGGCAUAGCAUGCAUUAAUCACAACCACUUACUGACCUGGUUCAGAUACUUACUCAGUACAUGGGGCUAGACUCAGAGUGUGCCUUAGGCUAAAGAAAAAAUUAUUCAAGUUGAGCAUAUCCAUAAACUCUGGCUCAAACAGUGUAUUUUGGGGGUAAUAAACACAAGUUUGUUCCUAGUUGGAGGGGUAUGAUGCUUAGGUUUGAACCUGUUAACCUUCCUGGGUUUGAGGGCUAGAAAACGUGGAGACAUUCCUUUCUAACUAACACAUUUUCUAAUAGAAACAAUCCACCAGGAUGUUGAGCCCACAUUUUAAGAGUUCUUCGGAAUUUACUGAAAAUGGAAAACUGAUUACAUUGGGCACAUAGGACAUUUAUAUUUAUAGAAACAUUUUAGAUAAGACAAGAAUUUUAAAAGCCAGAAAUCACUUUCAGUGGGCAUUUUCAGAAAAAUGUUGUCAACUUUUUGUAAUUUUUAAUAGGCAUAAAAAAGAUUGUUAUAUUGAUAUUGACAGAAAUUAGGUGGUUAAUUAGAGAGCGUAAAAGGAUGAAUUGCUCUAACAUUGGUUUAGAAUUUUUCUUUAUAUGAUUCAAUUUUGUGGUCUGGCAAAGGCCCAAUAGUCGUUUAUCUAGUAUGCAUACCUUUCCACAGCUGGAUUUUCAAAUAUGAUGAUAAAGUUCAUAUGACAGACCUAUUCUGAAAAUAAAUAUGUCAGCAGG